AUGCGCAAGACGCUCUCCAGGAUGUCUGCUUACCAGUUAUCAUAUGUUGUAUGUUCUGGAAAAUUCCUUUCUCCUCGCUUCUACUUAUUUCUGCUGCUUCCACAYGCCAGUACCUUCGUGCUGAGCGCCGGCUGCCGGCCCUGCCCGCCCGACACCUUCUCCAGCGCCGCGGGACGGAACCGCUGCAGCCUCUGCCGCAGAUGCGAAGGAAGAUUCAGGUAUCUAAGACAGUGUUCACCAGAAAGUGAUGCUGAGUGCACGUGCAGGGACGGGUAUCACUGCACCGGCAACGGCUGCUCCCGCUGUGACAAGAACUGCGGCGUGGGCAAGGAGAACACGGGCAGCGGCUGCCAAACUUGCCGCUUUGGAACCUUUAAUGAUCAACCCGAUGGCUCCUGUAAAAACUGGACAAAAUGCUCUGCAAGCCAGGUCCUGGAACAUGGAACUACAACAAGAGAUGUCAUUUGCAGACACACUUCAGAUAGUCCUGCUKUAGCCACUACUCUACCCACCACUUCUCCUGCCUUUCCCUUUUCUAKCGUGGUUCCAGGGAAGGACCUCCAGCUGGACAUCAUCAGAAUUUCUCUUGCUGUAACGGGGCUGCUGUGCCUACUGUUUCUGCUGCCUUUGUGCAUAUGCUUCAACAUUUGGCAGAAAAAGAAACUAUGUGCCAUGUUCAAAAAAAUGCAUGCCACACUUGAACAAACAACUCAAGAAGACGAUGCCUGCAGCUGCCGCUUUCCCGAGGAAGAGCAAGGUGAAUAUCACGACUGCGGCAAAUCCACAGAAUGCAGAGAUCCUUUGGUGAAUUAGGAAUUGUACCAAAAUUUUGUUUUCUUCGAGAAUGCAGGGCACGAACCUGCCUACGGAACAGAGAGACUAUCAGAAUCUGUGAAUUUCAGAGUGCUUAAUAGGCCAACCAGAUACUGUACUUGAUCCACAGACUUAGACRUGUACAUCACUUCAAAGUGGUAGAAAGGGUGUAUAGCUUUCUGGUCCCCCUUUAUAAAUUAURUCUGGGCCAUAAUUUACAUGCAGCCUGAAAGCAAGUAGCAUAUAGCAGACUCGCACGUGACACUGCUGGUCUCUAUAUUGUGGUUACCAACUCUUUUCUUGAAUUUGAAACCUGCAGCUCCUCUUCAUGAGUGGCUUGAAUCAUAAGUGUUUGGUUUGAUUUACAAAUACAGAGAAAUGCCAUUUAAAACUUGCAGAUGCCAAUUGCCCUGGAAGCAGAUACCYGAUUUGACCUGUGCACAGCUUCUUAGUUGGAAGAGAGGAAUUUAUAAAAGUCUAGAGCUGCAAAGUUUGAUAAUAGCUUGCAUCCGCUGUUACAUUACAUCAAUUGGCCUAAGAGAGGCAGUGGAAACGCUGAGAAAAUUUGUGGUUGACUUGAUCUCAGAAAUAGAUAUUACAAUGCAACUGGACUGCAACAUCUUGAAGUCCUACAUCAUUCCACUUUGAUCUUUUAAAUGAUAUAAAUAUAUUAUGUACCUUGCAGAUGUGGUAAAUGUAGAAUGUGAUACAUUUCUGUUACUAUUUUUGUAACUCUGAGGUUGGAAAAAAWUUAACAUCAAACAGUGUAUCUGCCUGUUUGAUCAAUGACUAUUACCUUAGCCUUAAAAGAGAGAAAAGAAAAUGGGUGUUUGAGUCAUGGCAUUGGCAGUAAUACUACUAACCUUUUACAAAACCAAGUAAGUAUCUUAUGUUCAAUAAAUAUUAUUUGAAAAUAGAAUGAAAAUCUGUAAACAUGUCUCCUAAAGAGUAUUUUCUUUUCCUGUGACUAAAACUUAGAAGAAUGCUGUUGUGCUAGAAGAAUGACAGACUGACUUUCUGCUCAACAGAAGAUUAAGAUAGAAGAUUAUUUUCU